CAAUAAAUGAAAAAAAAAGUCUGAAAAAGCUUCUUUUUGUACUUUAUAGGUUAUAUUAUUAUAAAACAAAAAAAAAUUUUUUUGAAAUAGUCAAAAUUGUUUUAUCUUUAUUCAAUUCAAAUAUAUAUAAUAAUUAUUUUUGUAUCCCAAAGUGAACCAUGUUAGCUGUACGUACGAAAUUUAGGCUUGUGGUUUUUACUACACGAUCAUUAGCUUUACGCUGUAAAGAAUCGAGACAUUUAACUGUCGGUAAUAUUUAUGCAAGAUUUGAACCCGAUAACUCUUUAUUGUUUACAAAAUAUAGAAGCUUCAGCACAGCAACAGAACAAAAGCAAACAGAUACACUAAAAGGUGGUUCAGAGAAGAGAGAAUUCCAAGCUGAAACACGGAUGUUACUGGAUAUUGUAGCCAGAUCAUUAUAUUCAGAUAAAGAAGUAUUCAUAAGAGAACUGAUCUCAAAUGCCAGUGAUGCUCUGGAAAAGUUUCGUUAUUUAAGUGUAAGUGCAGCAGCGGAUUCUCCUCAAUUGGUGGAAACAGACAGACCUCUGGAGAUCAAGCUAACAACAGACAAACAGAAUAGAACUAUUACAUUCCAGGAUUCUGGUAUUGGUAUGACAAAAGAGGAACUUACUCAAAAUUUGGGCACUAUUGCCCGUUCUGGUUCUAAGUCAUUUAUUGAAGAGAUUAAAAAGCAAGGUGCAGAACAGGCCAGCUCAAUAAUAGGCCAAUUUGGAGUAGGUUUUUAUUCUGCUUUCAUGGUUGCUGAAAAAAUUGAAGUGUAUACUAGAAGCAGUAAAUCAGGAUCUCCAGGCUACAGAUGGCUGUCAGAUGGGUCAGGAAUGUAUGAAAUCCAAGAAGCUGAUGGUGUCCCUGUCGGAACAAAAAUUGUAGUAUAUCUAAAAACAGAUUGCAGGGAGUUUGCCGAUGAUGAUACAGUAAAAAAUAUAAUAAAGAAAUACAGCAAUUUCAUAGGCAGUCUUAUCUUUCUAAAUAAUGAGCAAGUCAACUCUAUCAAGCCACUAUGGCUAAUGGAACCCAAGGAAGUCACUCAAGAGCAGCACACAGAAUUCUAUAAAUUUAUUAGCAAUUCAUAUGAUAAGCCAAGAUUCACACUGCACUAUAAAACAGAUGCUCCACUCAGCAUUAGAUCUAUAUUAUACGUACCCGAAGGAAAGCCUGGACUAUUUGAAUUAUCUCGUGAUUCUGAUGUUGGUGUAGCUUUAUACUCUAGAAAAAUUUUAAUCAAAAGCAAAGCAGAGAAUAUUUUGCCAAAAUGGUUGCGAUUUGUAAAAGGUGUUGUUGAUUCAGAAGACAUUCCUUUAAAUCUUAGUAGAGAAUUAUUGCAAAACAGUGCGUUGAUAACGAAACUAAGGACAGUCCUUACUAACCGAUUCCUUAAGUUUAUGGUUGAGAUGUCACAAAAAGAUCCUGUCGGAUAUGACACAUUCUAUAGAGAUUAUUCUAUAUUUUUGAAAGAGGGUAUUGUUACUAGCCAAAGCCCACUUGAAAAGGAAGAAAUUGCAAAGUUACUUAGGUUUGAAUCAUCAAAACUUGAAAAUGGCGUUCGAACCUCUCUGCUAGACUAUAGCAAACGUCAGAAAGAUGAUCAAAAAUCUAUUUAUUAUCUAGCUGCCCCUAGUCGAGAAUUGGCUCAAUCAUCGCCAUAUUACGAGUCACUCAAGAAAAGGGACCUUGAAGUUUUGUUCUGUUACGAAAUGUAUGACGAACUAGUCCUUCUUGAGUUGAAAGAAUUUGGCGGCAGAUCAUUAGUUUCUGUCGAAAAUGAUAUGCAGAAGGAAUCAACAGAUACACCUGAUUCAGUCAUAGGUAGUGAUACUCUUCAGCAGACACAAGUCAAUGAAAUAAUCACAUUUUUGAAAUCCAACUUAACGGGUAAAGUAUUUGAAGUGCGCACUACGCAGAAACUGGACUCUCACCCGUGUGUCAUCAUUGUACCUGAAAUGGCAGCCGCCCGACAUUUUAUAAGAACACAAGCUCAAAAUCUAAGUGAAGAAAAUCGAUAUGCUCUAUUGAGGCCUCAGCUUGAAAUUAAUGCCAGGCAUCCGAUAAUUAUAAAGUUACACAAACUAAUCUCUGAUGACAAAGAAUUGGCUAACAUGGUGGCGCAACAAUUAUUCUCUAAUGCCAUGGUUACUGCUGGACUUAUAGUGGAUCCUAGAAAUUUGAUAACACACAUCAAUGAUUUAUUGGUUAAAGCAUUAGAAAAGCAUUAAUUGUUUAAUUAUAAUAUUAUUAUUAUAGUCGUUGUUAUCAUAAA